AUGGCGCCCUCCUCCCCGAGCUCCACGCUGUCAGAGGAGUACCCGUGCACUGAAAGCGGCCGGCCGGCCCCACAGACACCAGACUGGUACACACUGUUUACAUCCCUGCCGAAAAAGGAGGACUUCCAGUCACUGCUAGAUGAGGUAAAAGCCACCCUGCGCACAGAGAUCUCAGCCCUGGGGACCUCACUCACAGCGCUCGAGACAAGAGUACAGGCCCUAGGGUCACAGGGCCCCAACCCACACUGCCCUGCUUUACAAGCCACAGAGGCUCACUCCAGGCACAUACAAGAUCUGCGCCUCCACAUAGAGGAUCUUGAUAACCGCAGCCGCAGACAUAACAUCAGGGUAAGGGGCUGCAGAGAAUCUGACACACCAGAGGACGCCAGGGCCACGCUGACCCCGAUUUUUAACCGCAUACUGGGCAGGCCCAGGGAUGCCCGCAUCUACAUGGACAGGGCACAGAAGGCACUGAGACCCAAGCCCCCCUCAGGUGCUCCCCCCAGGGACUUAAUUUGCCACAUACAAGACUUCCAACUAAAGGAAGAAAUUAUGAGAAAAGCACGCACAGAAAGAACCCGGAGAAUUGAGGGACAGGCUAUGGAGCUUUACAAUGACCUAUCCCACCUCACCCUGCAGGCCCGAAGAGCCCUCACCACCGCCCUGCAAGAAGCCCAAAUCCGCUACAGAUGGCAGUUCCCUUUUGCCCUCUCAGCCAGACAGGGCACCACGGAAGCCGUAAUCCGAACGCCGCAAGAUGUACUGGCCUUCCAGGAGGCUCUAAACCUCCCCCGCACUCCUAUUCUGGACUGGACUGCAUGCCCGCUUAAUGAAUGCCUCACAGGGAGACCAACACAACGUACCAUCCAACAGGGGCCCGACAGAGACGCCCCGCGCACCCAUCACCGACUAAUUGACCCCAAGGAAUAG